AUGUCGCGAUACGCCGACCUGACGCGCGAGGACCUCAUCGCGAGGCUGGAAAAGCUCGACAAGGCUGGGCCAUCGACCCCCCCUCCACCUCCGCCCAAGCCGGCGCCCAAGAAGAAGCGCGGAAAGCACGAGGACCAGGCUCCGUUCCACUUUGAGGCCCACCCGACGCGCCACAUUGCCAUCCUCGUCGCAUACCAGGGCUGGCCAUACUCUGGCCUCGCGAUCCAGCCGACCAUCGAGGCGCCGACCGUCGAGGGCGAGCUCCUCAAGGCGCUCGAGAAGACGCGCCUGAUCGCCGAAGGCGGUGGCUGGGAGGGGUGCGAGUUUGGCCGGUGCGGCCGUACCGACCGCGGGGUCAGCGGCGAGGGCCAGGUGCUCAACCUCUGGGUGCGGACCAACAGGAAACCGGGCGACGGCGGCGCGGAUCUCGGCGACAGCUGGCGCGAGGCCAAGGAGGCCAAGCGGCCACGCGUCAAGCAACGUUACCCUGAAGAGACUAGCGAUGCCGAGCCCGAGCCCUACAACAGCGAGGAUGACAAGCCCAAGCCCAAGAAGAAGGUGGUGGCCAAGAGCGAACCGAAGGCGCCCAUGGAGAUUGCCUACGCCAAGCUGAUCAACGGUGUCCUCCCGCCAGAGAUCCGUGUCCUCGCCUGGUCUCCCGUCGCGCCCGAGUUCGACUCGCGAUUCUCGUGCCAGUACCGCCACUACAAGUACGCUUUCCACCGGCAUGCGAUCCCCGGCGAGAAGCCUCUGGACCUCGACCUCAUGGAGCAGGGAGCUCAGCGCCUGCUCGGCGAGCACGACUUCCGCAACCUUUGCAAGCUUGACGGCAGCAAGCAGAUCGAGAACCACAAGCGUAUCGUGCACAAGGCGUACUUCACCGAGGGCGAGUAUCCGGACCAGAUCAUCUUCAACCUGAUCGGCUCGGCCUUCCUGUGGCACCAGGUGCGCCACAUCAUCGCGAUGCUGUUCCUCGUCGGCUCUGGGCUUGAGCCGCCGUCGAUUGUGACCGACCUCGUCAACGUCGAAAAGUUUCCCGCCAAGCCCGGAUACGUCAUGGGCGACCCUCUCCCUCUCACGCUCCACGAGUGCGCGUUCAAGGAUGAGGCCCUCGACUGGCGCUUUGGGCCAUACGACGGGCCGUACAAGAGCCUGAGCGCCGAGGACAAGGCCAAGGUCAGGCCGCUCGCCGAGUCCAACCUCGACCAGCUGGAGCGCCAGCUCGAGAGGGCGAGGCAGCAGGCGUACCUCCGCGCUUGGCAGGUGGGUGGUGCGCUCCGCCGCGUGCACGACAUCUACGGCGACGAGCGCAUCGCCGAGCACAACGCAACGCUCUACCCCACUGGCGGUGGCGACUCGGUCAUGAUCAAGUCCUACCGCCCCGUCGCUACCCGUCCCGUCGGUGACACGCCCGAGGUUGUCAACCGCAAGUGGCGCGAGACGACGGGCAAGCGCAAGGAGGAGAAGCGGGCGGCGGAACGUGCCGCCGCUGAGCAGGCCGUCGACCAGGCCGCGGCCGGCAUUGCCGCGGUCAGCGUCAACGACAAGUAG